UUUCAUCCAAAAAAGUGUUUCUGGUGAUUCUAAAUUUUCGUAUCUUAUUCAAAUUUUGGCCAGUUCAAGAAAAGUAGCACAUAUCAAUUGGCAUUUAAGUUGUAAUCUAAAUUCAUCGCAUUGAUGUAUAGCGCGCAUAUCGAUAUAUACAUCACUAAUAAAUACAACAAUACACAAUACAAAAUCGUGAAAAACAAAAAUUAGAAAAAAACAAUGGACCUGCAAGUAAUAAUGCAACAAAUGAUGCAAGACUUAAACGGAUAUGGCUAUAGAAAUGCAAUGCAAGCGGGUCAGCAGCCCUACGACCAAUAUCCGCAAAAUAGUGUAUUCGACCAGGCCCCGGGUCCAGAAGAACAGGACGACGAAGAUGACGAGGACGAUGAUGAACAACGCACCUUGUUCUGUGGAAAUCUAGACCAACGCGUUACAGAGGAAAUCCUGUACGAAGUUUUCGUGCAAGCAGGUCCUAUUGAGGGUGUACGCAUUCCCUCGGACAACACUGGACGGCAGCGCAACUUUGGGUUUGUGAUAUAUCAGCGAAUAUCUGCGGUUCCGUUUGCAUUGGAGCUGUACCAGGGCUUGGAAUUGUUUCAAAAAAAGGUUACAAUCAAGCAGCAAGGGGCAGACAAGGUCAAGCCGCCAUCAUUUGGACAAAAUCGUUUACACAACCCGUUCAUGUACGAGUUGCCCGGUCAUUUACCUAAUGAUUUUGGAGCACCACGCCACGGUCGUCACAGCUUACACGGUGCCAGACCAUAUGAUCGAAGUUCUGGCGCGAACAACAAGUACAAUAAUGGGGACCUGCGUCGCCGCUCCGACAGCUCAGUUAUGGAUCGCAAUCGGCCGAGGGCACAUCCGUAUCCUCAGCACUACCAUCAGCAUGAUAGACGUUCGGAUCAACGCAACAAUAACAAGCGAAGAUUACUUUGAGCCUAUGCCUCCAAUAAAAUCAGAAUCAGUUUAAUGUAACAAUUUUUUUUUAUUAGUCUUUAAGUAUCGCUUACAAACAUCUAGAUAUAAACUUUUGUAUGUAUCGUAAAGCAGAGGUCUAAAUCAUAACAUCACACUAAUGCCCUUCAUCAA